AUCAUCGUUUCUCCUUCUUCCCAGAGAGAGAGAGAGAGAGAGAGAGAGAGAGAGAGAGAGAGAGAAUGGAGACAGGACCGAGCGAGAUCGGUAGCUGGAAGAUGUUCGAUGGCUACAACAAGAGAUACAAACACUACAGUCCCACUCUUGGUUGUUCCAUGACCUUCACCGUCUACUUCCCUCCUCCUUCCCCUUCCCAUAAAUUCCCUGUGCUGUACUGGCUUUCUGGCUUAACCUGCACAGAUGAGAACUUCAUUACCAAGGCCGGAGCUCAGCGCUCUGCUUCAGCUCAUGGCAUUGCUCUUGUUGUUCCGGACACUUCUCCAAGGGGGCUAAAUAUCGAGGGUGAGGCAGACAGUUAUGACCUUGGUGUAGGUGCUGGAUUCUACCUUAAUGCUAAACAGGAGAAGUGGAAGAACUGGCAAAUGUAUGACUACAUCGUCAAAGAGUUGCCAAAGCUCCUGAGUGAAAACUUUCCCCAGCUAGAUACAUCACGAGCAUCUAUAUUUGGUCACUCCAUGGGCGGGCAUGGCGCUCUCACAAUAUACCUGAAAAACCUUGAGAAAUACAAGUCUGUUUCUGCAUUUGCACCAAUUGUCAAUCCCUCAAAUUGCCCAUGGGGCCAGAAGGCAUUCACAAAUUAUCUAGGGGAAAACAAUGCUGAUUGGGAGGAAUAUGAUGCCACUUGUCUUAUUUCAAAGUUCAACAAUGUAUCUGCCACAAUUCUCAUUGAUCAGGGAGAAGCCGACACGUUUUUGCACGAGCAGUUGAUGCCGCAUAAGUUCGAAGAGGCAUGCAGGAAGGUGAAGGUGCCGCUCUUACUGCGUUAUCACCCUGGCUAUGACCAUUCCUACUAUUUCAUGGCCACUUUCAUCGACGACCACAUCAGCCACCAUGCCCAAGCCCUUAAUCUCGUUUCUUGAGCUUUCUCUGCACUACAAGUCCUCACCUAUCAGACUUUAGUAGCGAUAAAUAAGAAGACAAAUGGUUGGUGAGUGGGUGGUUUGGUAAUGUUUUUUUUUUCCGAGUUGUCUUGUCUCGGACAUAUUUUAAGCUUCGAGUGUACUUUUGACGAUGAGACUCCAACAAGUAUAGAUUCGUACCUUGAUCCA